UCAAAACGCGAAAAAACGAAAAAUCGCGACGAAAAGUUAUUGUAGGAGGACGUCUUUCUCCUCGCUGCAGACGAAUCCAAAUUAAUUAAUAAUUCCUCGUACCGCGUCUGCAUUGGGUUGAAGAAAUGGUCCGCAAGAAAUCGUGGUAAUCGUGGUGAGCGCGUCCCCCAAAAGUAGCUGCCAACCUCGGAACUACCCACUCGGCUCAAUUCGUCAGCAGCCUUCGUCGAUUUGUUUGUUUUAUUUUCUCGUAAGGUCACGGAUUUGGGAAAAAAGGUUUUUGGAUGGCUGCAACGACCUGAGUGUCUUGCGAGUGGAGGGGGAGGGCCUUCUUUAUUCCAAGGUGGUGAAACGAAAAAGUGAAAUCUCGUCCGCCUAGCGGGUUGAGGUUCGGCCGGAUUUUCCGGGAGUUCUGCUGCAAUAACCAGCUGGUCUCCGUCUUGGAAUGUCCAUCAUGUACGGAAAUCGAGAAGCAGUUCGGGUUAAGGUCAAGAAAUGUGAGAAGAAUGUCCCACCAGAAACCCGCAAGUUCAGCGUCGAUCCACAAAUCACCAGCCUGGAGGUUCUGUACUCGAUUCUGGCGAAGGCUUUUGAUCUAAAGACAGACUUUGGAAUAAGCUAUAAGUCGGCGGACGCCAACGGGCUGGAGAGUUAUCUGGUCGUUCUAUCGGAUUGGGAUCUGGACGCGGCCUUUUUGCGAGCUCACAAUCAAUCGAUCGCAACGAAGAGCGAACCCUGUCUGAAUCUACGCGUGGACAUUAAACCCUUCUCGGAAACUUCGGAAUGGGAUGGAGCGGGUGGUUCCGGGGGGAUUACGCGCGAGUUGGUUUCGCUGCAGCAGUCUAUCGGAGCCGGCCAAAAGUACGUCCAGACCAAGCUGCCCGGGCUGAUCAUGAACCAGAUGGAGAAGACGUUUUCGCUGGUGCAGCGAGCGCUCAACCUGACGGAGGACCCGUUGAUGACGCAAGCGAUUCGGCCGCCACUGGCGGAUGUCGAGUUUCGAACGUUUUGCGACUCGGUUGGGCAGAUUGUCGAGCCGGAGCAAUUGCGGAAGGUGAUCUAUUUGGGUGGGAUCGAUCCCAGCUUGCGACGGGUCAUCUGGAAGCACAUUUUGAACGUGUAUCCGGACGGGAUGACGGGUCGCGAGCGGAUGGACUACAUGAAGCGGAAGUCGGGUGAAUACUACAAGUUGCGUGACGUGUGGCGCACGGCCGUCCAGCAGGGCAACAUCGUCGGAGAACUGGCCUACGUGACAAGCAUGGUGCGGAAGGACGUCCUUCGAACUGAUCGGUUGCAUCCGUUCUACGCCGGCAGCGACGACAACCAGAACAUUGCGUCUCUCUUCAAUGUCCUCACGACGUACGCCUUGAACCACCCGCAGGUCAGUUAUUGUCAGGGUAUGUCCGAUAUUGCCUCACCUCUGCUAGUUACGAUGGCGGACGAGGCGCAAGCUUACAUCUGCUUCUGCGCCAUCAUGACUCGGCUGAGCUGCAACUUUAUGCUGGACGGAAUCGCCAUGACCCUCAAGUUCAACCACCUGUCCGAAGCGCUCCAGUACUACGAUCCAGAUUUCUACGCGUACUUGAAGAUGCACCAGGCGGACGACCUGCUCUUUUGCUACCGCUGGCUGCUGCUCGAGAUGAAGCGAGAGUUUGCCUUCGAAGACUCGCUGCGAAUGCUGGAAGUCCUGUGGAGUUCACUUCCACCAGCAGCCCCCAAGACGGAACUCGCCCUGUUCGAAAAGGAGUACGAACCUCCUCCGGUGGUCGAACCGCAACCGACGAGUCCCUCUCAGGUCGUUCUACGAACACCUCGCGAAAACGCUUACACCAAGGUUUGCGCGCUGCGACGCCAAAGCUCAGCCCUCUCGCUGGGUUGCUCAAUCCCGGUCAGUAUUCACGGUGCCCCAGGCAAGCUGGAAACCACCAAGCGACUCAACCUCAGCCUGGACGAAAACAUCACCCGCGAAAGUCUCUACACCAACGCCCGGACCUUCUCCAAGACGCACCAAAGUUUGGACGAAGCGAAAUCCGCGCUCGUCAAGCAGCGCAAAAUCGCGCGCAGUGUUGGUGAUGACGACAUUCUCGAGGGUCACAUCGGCCAGGAAGAGCUGGAAAGCGGUGACGACAACGUUUUCGCCGAUGGGACGUGCGCCAAACUGCCCGUCACACCCGGGAAGAACCCCUUUUUGGAUAGUUCUUCCGAGUCAACGACACCGGUGGAACCGACGACGAUGGUGGCCCCACCGGAACCGACUACGUUUGCGUACGAAGAACCAACCGUACCGGAAGAGCCGGUUCAAACUGUGGCGACUGUGGAGCCGGAUCCACCAUCGUUGCCGACCAGUGCCGCAAGUAGUACACGAAAUUCACCGGUCGUAAGCCGGAGCAAGAGUUUGUUUUCCUCCGGGACCGGGAAUUUGCUUGCGCGGCAGCUCAGUCAGCGGAAGAACCUCGCCGGCAGCGGAGGACACUUUAAAGACUUGAAGGAAAAGUUGGUGGCCAGCAAAAAGGGCAUCUUUGCCUCGUUGGACAAGCAGGAAAUUGAAGGAGCGGCGUCGGGACCGGGAGAUGAUCGGAAGCCUAAGCUGGUGAAGAAUUUUAACGAGUUUUUGAGCUUUGCCGCGAUGAACCGAAGUCGAAUUAGUGACCGGCUGAACAACAAACGAAUCCCGUCGUCGCUGGACUCUACCGGAAGCACCGCUACGAUCACCACCGGGUCGUCAAUUACCAUCGAUGACGAGUCGACGGACACGAUCGACUACGACGAGUUGAAGCGCAAACCAAUGAUCAAACUGACCAAGUCGUCAUUCGAUGAUUCGGAUUCGUCCAGCAUCGGCGUGCCGGACUCGGCGACGGCCGUUUCCCGCUCCAGCGACAACAGCAGCUUCAUCGUGGACGAUAGUUCCGUCUCCGUGUCCCCGGUGCAUCACCCACUGCCCGAAAUGGACGUGGAAAAGCCAGAAGACGAGGACGAAGAAAAACCAAACUUUCAGCCGCAACUUCAGGACGGCAGCAGUCCGGACGAUUCGCAGGAAUACUUCCCCAUGACGACGUCGAUGACCCGCGAGCUGCGCUUGGAGCUGGAAAACCUCGAUCGACACGUGUUCGGCACGGACUUUCACAACCAGCAGCGGUUCUACACGUUGAGUGGCUGCAUCGAGCUGGACACGCCACCGGAGAGUAACGACUCGAUCAAAAGUCAGGUGCAGGCGCGCCCCAUUCGAUACCGCAAGCUGAACUACAACGGAGCGAUCGACUCGAUGGAGAUUCAGCGUGCGGAUGAAAUUCUAGAUUUGAGAGAAGCGAGCGGUCCUGCUGGAACCGCCGGAACGGGAGACAUCGUACGGUAUCGUGACAAGACCAGACCUCUGAGCAGUGAAAUGGACGUGGACAGAAACAGCAAACGGAUCAGUACUUCCAGUGCCAACGCGGACGUCUUCGUUUGGGAGAAUCCUCUGCAUCAGUGCGAAAGUCCCGGCGAGCUGUCCCAAGCGAAACAACCCACAACGAUGAUCGAACGGACGGCCACCACGCCCGAUGAACAUCCCGAGCUUGAAUAUGAUGGCGAAAUAAUCGUUGAAUCAGCCACCGGAAAGAAAUCCGUAACACCAAUCCGACUGGUCCGACGAACGGGCGAUCAAUCCGUCACAAACUCCAACCGCAACUCGAUGAUCCUCCCGGACUCGGACUCGGACGACUCGAUCGGGCUACGAUCGCCAGCGAUCAACUUCAAGUUCCACCCAAACAACCCCUUCUUCGACGCAAACUCCUCGGAACCAAUCCGCGUUCCAGCCACGCUGGCAACCCGCCUCCAUCCCGAAACCAGUCUGGACAUUCCAAUCCCAACCAACAUGACCGGCUCCAGCAACUCCUUCGAGGAAGCUUCCGAAGCGUCCAAAGUCGAUCUGGCCAUCCAGCAACCGUCGGCCAACACCCCACCCAACAAUCCGGAGUACUCCGAGUCGAUCAAGAUCGCGGGCGUGCUCCCGCCACCGCACGAGUUCGGCGGCGGAAACCCCUUCCUCAUGUUCCUCUGCCUGACGAUUCUCCUGCAGCACCGCGACUACGUCAUGAAGAUGGGCAUGGACUACAACGAGAUGGCGAUGCACUUUGACAAGAUGGUGCGGAAGCACAACGUGGUGCGCGUCCUUAACCAGGCCCGCCAGAUGUACGCCGAGUAUCGGCGGAUGUUCCAGCAGCAGUUGCACCAGCAGCAGCAGAAAGGGCAUGCCGGAGGAAGUGCCAGCAUGAGCAGCAGCAUGUACGGGAACUUGGGAGGAAUGGGGACGACGACGGGGGCGCCUGGGGUGACGGUUGGAGGAGCCGCGGCACAUCCCCGCCGGAACACGACCAGUGGGCUGACGUUUACGGCUUAAAUCGAGUGAUUGUUGUAGAACAUGGGACUUACCGCGAAACAAUAAAUUCGUUGGUGCUUGAUGUGGUAGACAAGCGUCAAAUUUAUACUAAAACAGCAAAACUAGAAUGUAACUGUGAUGGUUCGGGGAUGACCUAAAAUAAUUUUAUUUAUUUUUACGUUUACUUAAAUACUCGUUUUUAACUGUUACAGUAAAUUUUCCUUUCUUGAUAAUUUCCAAAGAUUUGUUUAAACAACUAUUUAUAUUUAAACUGCAGCUCUUUCGUGAUACUUUACGGACUGAUUUUAGUUUACCUCAUUAAAAAACGAAUUAAGUUUAUUUCAAGUUGAUUUCCUCUCCUGCAUUUUGUGAAAUAAAUUAAGACAUGAAAAUAGAUUGACCAUUCUUACUGUUGCAAAAUAAUCGAAUUAGUCGUAAGCAGUAAAUACACCAUGCAAAAAGUCAAUAAAAUUUCAACCCAACAGGAUAUGGCUAUAAAAGCUAUAUAACAAUUGCCUAUACAUAGAUUACAGCAUAGUUGGAGACAUAUAUAUUUACGUGAAAGGGGUUAGCUUUUGCAGCGUUUGAAAUUCACGAUUGCUCUGUUUCAAAUUGGCACAAAGCUUGUUCCUUUCAACACAUUACCUGUUAAUCAGUCUAAUAUCUCCCCCGAUUUACAAGGACUUAUAGAUAGAGAGAGAGAGAAAGAGAGUAAGUGUGGAACCACGGAACGCUAUUUAACCUGAAUGGAGAGAGUAGGAUUUAUAUUUUUAGGCGAUUUUAUUUGUCCAAGACCAGUUUUUGUCGCACUUUGCCAGUGCGUUGUAAAUUUAGCUAAGGUGUGAAGUAAAAAUGAAAUCAUUGCGCCAAUCGACAAUGGCAAACAUAGGAUAGCAGAGCAAAACACAAUCGGAGCUUAACUAACUUCUUUCAGUUUAAGGCGUUUCUUAAACGUAUACUAUGGCACCUUCUUUCGGGCUUGUUCAUUCCUAGUCCUUCGCAACUCGUGCGUCGGACAGCACUAUUUACUUUCGCCUGUACAAGUUUCUCUGAGUAAACUAAAGAUGCAAAUUCAAAUUAAAAAUAACCAGAAAAAAUAGCACAAAUAGAAGAGAAAUACAUUUGACAUUCUGCGCUUACGGUAAGUGAAUGCCGAAAACAAAAUAUUUAAAAACUACGUAAUUUAAGCGAAUCAAAGUGAUUUUAAAACGAGAAAAAAUAUUUAUUCACAAAACAGAUAACAAAUCACAACAAGUUUAAAAAAAAUGCACCAUUGGCUUGGCUUCACUGCUUAGAAUUAAAGUUAACGAAUAUUGAGAUUUCAUUUCCAAAUCUUCCUUCACUCGAUGUGCUCCCUUCCUUUAAAUUGCACACACUAAGCCCCUAGCUUGAGUUUCAAAGUUUCUAAGCAAUAUAAAUCUAUCAACCAACAAAUGAUCAAAAUUAACGUUAACAAACGGCGCGGUUCGAAAGUUGAAAUCAACAACAAAGAAGAAGAAAAAAAAACAUUCCGAACAAUGACGAUGGAAAAUAUUUGACUGAAGUAAUUUUUUGAGUAGAAGUGUUCUACUAAUUCACCGUACUUAGUUUGGGAAACCAUCACGAGAAAAAAA